AUGGCAGAAGCAGUACUCCUUGCUCUGACAAAGAUUGGUAGCGUUUUAGCAGAUGAAACUGCCAAGAAAAUGCUGUCCAAAUUAUCGGAAAAGAUUGGCACAGUAUACCUCACUGAUGAAGUCGUCAAGGGUUGGAUUGGGGAAGUACAAAAGGUAGCCUAUCAUGUUGAGGAUGUAAUGGACAAGUACUCAUAUCACACACUUCAAAUGGAGGAAGAAUGGUUCCUGAAGAAGUACUUCGUUAAAGCGUCACAUUAUGUCUUGGUUUUUAGUCAAAUAGCAGAAGUGGUUAUCAAGAUUGAGAAGGAGAUCAAGAAAGUUAUAGAACUCAAAGAUCUGUGGUUUCAGCCUUCAUAG